CAUCAAAAUAAUCCAGCCAUCCCUGCUCUCGCUCCCUCUGUGUGGGUGGAAGGGGGGGAGCUCUGACCCGCCAGCCCCCUCUCAACCACUUCCUGUUGCUCAGCAGCGUUAAUGGAAAACAGACCCCAUCUUUGCCUCUCUGACUCUUUUCAUUCCCAAGCAAGAGGACGGAGCAGGGGGGUCCUUCCGUGGCAGAGGGGCUCCAUUUUUCCCUCCUGGCACCCCUGGUGCUCCCGCGUCCCUCUUCUCCGUGUGCCCGAUAAGCCAACCAGCCCUUUGUCAGACAGAUACAGCCAGACAUAUCAGUACAGAUUGGGAGAAGCCACUGAAUUGGCUGGGGGAACAGCUCCACUACUUGAGGCAGUGACUGCCCCCCCUCCACCGCCACCACAAACAAGAGAGGGGCCCCAGCACCCCCCAUUUCCUGUGGCUGAAUACUUGGCAUCCCUCCUCCUGCUCCUUGCCAGAAGCCCCCACACCCCACCGAAGGGGGUCUGUGUUUUCUAUUGCUGGCCUGGCUUGACUCAUCUCUGCUGAUGUGUCACAUUUUUUGGAUUUUUCUCUUCAUCCUCCAUCCAUCCGGAUAUUUCUGGGAAAAACAGGAUCUGGCUGCCCCUGUGUCCGCUGCCCCACUUGGGCUAAACUCAGCAGCCAUUGCUCUCAGUCCCAGGAAAACUCCAGCUGCCAAACUUGCUGCAGCCAAGGAGACGGGACAGCUGCUUUUGAGCUCAGUGUUGUGAAGCGGAGAAAGAGAGAGGAUGCUAGAGGAGGCCUGAUCCUUCCUAGCCCCAUUGCCACUGCUGGAGUUCUGAGGGACUGCAAUGGAGGCAGAGCAGCAGCCUUGAAUUCGGAUAGACCCUGCGCUCGGUGCCACUGAGGAGCCACCAUGGAGACCCACAAGCGGGAGAUGGAGCUGCUGAGCAACAGCAUGGCAGCCUAUGCACACAUCCGAGAUCACCCUGAGAGUUUUGGCCUUUAUUUCGUGCUGGGGGUCUGCUUUGGCCUUGUCUUGACCCUCUGCCUGCUGGUCAUCCACAUCUCAUGGCAGCCUCAAGCCAUCCCCCGCAAGCCCCGAAAAAGCCUACGCGACUUCAGUGAAGAUGAGGACGAGGAGGAUGAUGACGAUGAGGAGGAAGAAGACACCAUUGACCAAGCUGCUUCUGAGCCCCCCUUGGCUAUGACGGAGCUGCCGCUGGAGGCCCACUCCACCCCUGAUGGGACCCUCACCGUCAACGUCUUUGCCUCGGCGGAAGAGCUAGAGCGUGCCCAGCGGCUGGAGGAGCGGGAACGCAUCCUCCGGGAGAUCUGGCGCAACGGGCAGCCUGACAUCCUGGGCACAGGCACUGGCACCAUUGGCAGAGUCCAUUACUAUUGACCCGUGGUUGGCCAUGGUCACAUUCCUCACCUGGGCAGGGUGGACUGCUACUGAACUCUUGAACCCCCUUGUCUCACCCCAAGGGAUUUAUGGUUAAUCACUUCACCCAGCCAGUAUCUCAAACAUUGCGAGACCUGCCCUGAUGCCAGAUAAGAGGCAGCGUUUCGCACAGGGGUGAGAGAGGAUCAAGUGACAGUGAUAAAAUGGCAAGAAGGACCAAGAUGAGUUAGUUAAACUGUUGGACAGCAAAUUCAAGGACUCUGCUCCUUUUCCUCCUGGGAACUUGAGAUGGAAGGCAAUGCAGGCAAAGUAAAGGAGCAGCACACAGAACUAAUGCCAGUUCUUUU